AAAAAACGGAACGACAGACAUGAACUGCUCUCCACCGGCGCUGCCCGCGCGGUACCAGCUCUGCGGAACCGCUGGUCGCCGGGUCCGAAGCAUCCUCCGCGCCGCGAUGGCGUCAUGAGCGAUGGCGUCAUCCGCUUCGGCGGACUGGGGUGCCGAUGCCCCUGGAGCGCCGCCGGUCCCCCCGGCGCCGAUGUCGCCGGCGUCGCGGGCGCCGUUGCGCUUGGCCAUUCACCGAGUCGAAGGUGCUCUUGCAACCUCCAUGGUUUCACCCUUGGUUCGAGUGCACUUGGUGGAUGCGGCCAGUGGCUACCGCUGGGGCAAGGCUGCCGGUGAACCAUGCGUCUUCAAUGAGAACAAGGAUGGGACGGCAUAUCUGCGGACCAAGCAGGAGUAUGGAAAGGAACAAAGGCCUGAGAUGCAGAAAGGGAUUGUUGAUGCCUUUGGAAAGGAACGAAGGUUUCUUCCACCGUGGCUGGCGGACAGUGGCCAGAGCUCCUUCGUUCGACCCUUCUGCACGUUGCCCAAGAAACGUGGAGUUCGUGAACUUCCACCCUGGGACGAGGCCUUCCUUUUGCAAAUCUCCCCAGACGCGCGCAUGGCAUUCCUCUUCGAAAUUCUCGAUGCGACCGUGCACGAUGAGCAGCUUCGUUUGUCGCCGGUCGCUUGGGGGUUCUUGCACCUGGCUGCCGUCCAGCCCAGCCGCCGGAAACUGCGCAUACAGCUUUGGAGCUAUCGGCAGAGGCGGAACUUCUGCGGGCGCGUGGCGCUGGAAGAGAAUUCAGAUGACAUCCCUUUGGUGGUUCAGGAGUACAUUGCUGCUGGCGUUGGGGAAGAACGUCCAGGCGCUUUGGCCUCGGCCAUGGCAUCGUUGCUGGGCCGUCGCCGGCAGAAGUGUCCGGCGGCCUUAGAAUUCACUUUGGACAUGUCGCAAAAGCCGAUCCAAGUGGAGCAUCCAAUGGACCAGGGGGAGAAGAUUCCGGACACGAGGUUAGAGGUCGUAGCACCAAAGAUCACGGUGGAGCAGGGCAGUCCCAAGGCCGAGACGGUAGCCGAAGAGGAGAUCUUGGGCCAUUUAGCGCCCCAGCACGCACGACCCAAGUCGCAGGCGUGCGUGCUGCCGGAGGAGCUCUUGUGGCAGGUGCCCUCAGGGAAACGUGGAGCCUCGCGGAUGGCUAUCUCUCCACAGAGUACGCUUCUAGCAGUUGCCACAGUGAAGUCGGUGGGUUCGGAGCUGAAGAUUUUCAGCUUGGCCACGGGACGUCUCUGCGCCACCUGUGCUGGACACGACGCGGUGGUUCACGAUCUUUGUUGGCACAGCUUCGAACGCCGAGAAGGACAAGCGAGCUCACCCAUGCUGCUCAUCAGCUGUGGGGGAAGCCGCGUGCAGCUCUAUGAGGUGGCAGAAGAGACACCGAUGGGAUCCCACUUGAAGAUCCAUGCCAAAGUGAAUCUCACUGAUUUGGUCUACACUGUAAGGCCGCAUCCGUUGAUGUCCACGGACCCCCGCUGUUUGAUCCUGCUCUGCGGUGGUCACUUUGGCCUCACGCUUUGCCAGGUGACUCGAGAGUUCAAAGCAGUUGCUGGUCAUGAAGGCUCACUGUGGGUGGCGCACGAACCACAGAUGCAGCAGGUGCAAUUGGGCCAUAAGGGUGGCUACGGACGAGAGGCCGAGGUCGAGGCCGAUGUGCUUUGCGUCCGCUUUUCCACGCAAACCAACUCCUUGGAAAACGUCUACGUCACGGACUCCCGCGGGCACAUCAUGCUUUUCCAGAUCCGCUAUGAUGCUUCCGUCGGGGUCAGCGCGAGUCGCGUGCGCACCUAUGCGGGUUCCGAACUGUUGGGUGUGGCGAUCUUUGGACUCGAGAUCGUGACUGCGCAGCUCUUGGAAGGGAAGCGGAUCAGUUCGGUGCAGCUCUCCAUGGCCGAUGAUUGGGCUUUGCUCUUCAGUCGAGACCAUGUCAUCCGUUUGGUCUCGUUACAGCGUGGCGUCUUGAAGGUGGAGCAGAAGAUGUUGGGCAUCCACUGUGGCAACUACGCAGUGAGGGGCACCAUCUCACCGGAUGGGCAAUAUGUGGUUUGUGGCAGUGAAUCAGGGGAGCUGCUCUUUUGGGACAAGGACGGCAAGCAACUGGUGCCGCCAGCAGUUCCACAAGUUCGUUUGGCAGGGCCAUUGAUGGAUGUGGUGUGGUCUGAACGCCAUCACUUUGUGGCCUGCUGCGCAAUGGAUGAACAUGCCCUACCCUUGCUGGCCUUUGUAGGUGAAGAUGCCAAAGACGUGCAACGUCCACCCAAAGAGGGCACCAAAGACCCCACCACCGCCCACAGCCCGGACCUGCAGAGCACCUUAGCGAUCUCCGGGAUUUCACCGUCCAUCGACUCGGACUAUCGCAGGUGGGCGGAUCACUGGAUCAACGGCAAUGAGAACGCCCGUUCAGCCAUCACCAUGGAGGAGAAGAAGCGAAUGAAGGAGAACAUUUUGCUACGCAUUUUGGACAAGAAGGCAGAGGAGACUCACUUUCCACUGCAAUCUCCCAGUGGCCGCCACUGAUUUGCUUGCAGCAAUGCAGCUCUGUGCCAAUUCAAUGUAAUUCGACCAAUAUUUUCUGUAUUUUUUUUCACGUGUCACUUAAGGUGCGAGGAAAAA